UCCAACAAGGCUUCAGACCUACGGGAGACUACACACACACACGAGACACACCGGUGCUGUUUCUCCCUCAGCUUCGUGGCUUUUUAGAGAUUCCUGUCAAAAUGUUGUCACGGACACUUGUUGUUUGUUUGGUCUUUGCUGUGGCUGGUGUUGUUUUAUCGGCCCCUGUGACAGAUGGACAAGAUUCAGAUGACAGAGCAGCUCCAGUAAUUGCCUUUCUGAAUGGAGAUGCCAAUGGCCAGCCCACUUCAAGGCCUAACCAAGGAAUCACAGAUGGGACAGACUCAGCUGAGAAGAUGGAAGGUGCAGACCCAACUGACUCAAACCAGCCAGAUGGGGAUGAAAGUGUGGAGGACACUACAACAAGCCCUGAUUCCCAAGAGCUAUCUGAGGCUAUAACUGAGAGACAGGACUCUGCUGAGCCAGACACAUCCGAAGAGACAGACAACACAGAGACUGCUGAGCCCGACACGACUGAGGAAGCCACGGAGUCAGAUAUCUCAGAGUCUGAACAAAACGAUGAUGCCACUGCCGAUGAGGAUGGCAUCAGUGAAGAGGCAGGUGCCAGCAAGAUGGCAGAUGCCAGUGAGCAGCAGGAUUCCCCAGACAGCGACAGCGACGAGGCUUCUCCAGACAAGGACGACAGUGAGGAAAACACAAUGGAAGUCAGUGAGCAGGAAGCAACUGACAAGGUUGAUACUGAAAGUACAGAGGCUGGAGAGGGCAAAGACUCAAAGGAGAAGAACACUGACGAGGACACAUCGGAUUCAGCAGACGAUGAGGAACCAGGAAUGGUAGCCAAUCAAGAAUCUGAAAGCACAGAGGCAGGUGCUGACAUCAAAGAAGACAGCACAGAAAUGAACAGCAUGUUGUCAUCAAAGGAUGAUGACAAAGUGGAGGCUAAAGAGGACAGCUCAAACUCUGAGGAUGACGACAAUGACGACAUGGCUUCCAAAGACUCAACUGAGAAAGAGUCAAUGAUGGACUCCAGCAGCGAGGAAGAGGCCAAAGACACAAGCUCCAAAUUCGAGGGAGACACUGAGGAGGAAAGUGAGGCCAAAGAGGCAGGAGAAAGCAAGCAGAAGGAGGAGGCUGGGGACGACAGUGACGAGGAGGGAUCCAAGAGUCUAGCUGAAAAGGAGGAAGGGGAGAACAUCAGCAGCCAGGAGGAGGACGAGGAGGACAAAGGCACCACUAUUGAGGAAGGGGACCCCAUCAGUGCGGAGGAGGAGGAGGCUGAGAUGGAGAAGAUGCCAGUCCUGGAGGAAGGCAUGCCCAUAGGAAGCCAAGAGCCUUCGAGGUGCAGAUGCAGGACAGCGCCAGCGACGACUCGGAGUUCGCCACCAGGGAGGAGAGCGACGAGGAGAAGAGCGUGGAGGAGGAGAAAAGUGACGAGUCGUCGGACGACAAAGAGAGUAAAGAUGCCAGUGAGAAAGACACCGAUAGCAUGGAGGACAAAUCAGAAGCUCCAACCAGUGAGGCAGCAGGAAGCUCAGAGACCAUGGAUUCAGCAGACAAAGAUGAACAGGAUGAUGCAUCAGAGUCAACCUCAAAAGAGGAGAGCAUGGAGAAGAGCACUGAGCUAGAUUCCACAGCUGAAGAUGAUGAUAUGGAUACCACAUCUGAGGAGAUAGUACCGUCCUCUGAGUCAGAGGACCUGUCUGCAGCCGUCACCGUUGAGGCACCGGAUCAGCCAGAUAAACCAGACGACACAACACCAGG